ACCUCCUCAAGAUUGAAGCUGCAAAUGCGGGACACAUCGCUUUUACGCUCUUUGUAGCAGACAAAACUGCUUCCCCAGUUUCAUCAAUCGCUUCAUUUGCAUAACUUAAUCCAUUUUCUAUUCUAUCCAUCAGAUCACUCUCUGCUUGUUAAAGCUCACAACUCUCUCUCUCUCUCUCUCAAUUUACAUCUCGAUUUCAGAGACUUCGGGAACUAUGCACCUCUGUGUAUCAGGCAAAAAAGUUUGCAAUCAGAAGCUCUUGGAAACCAGCUUAUGGAGCAGGAAGGAAGCACGUGGAAGGCCCAACAUCCAGCUCAUGAUGGUUGUUCUAAUUAAACAUUUCAUGCUGCUGGAGACUGUUUAACGAUGGCCAUAGGGCAGAACCAAAAUGAAUUAAGGAUCUAAUGGGUUGGAGACAAUAAUAUGGAGGUAGGGAUGACCUUGUCCUGAUGCACAACUGGAGGUGAAUUCGCUGACAAGAAAAGGCCAAAUUGGUGGAUUAAUAUGACAAAGCAUCGCUGGAGAGAGUCAAUUAAGUCAUUAUUCGGAAGCCACAUAGACCCCGGAAAGGAAGAAGAGUUGAAAGGAACUAAAACAGAAGUAGAGGAUAAAGUUGAAAAGAUAGUGAAGCUUAUCAAAGAUGAAGACGAGGAUGAGAAAGUUGGAAAUGCAGUAGGAAACUUGAAGAAGGAGCCGCUCUUGGAAUUGAUAGAGGAUUUCCACAAACAAUACCAGUCUCUCUAUGCACGCUAUGAUCAUCUAACUGGAGAGUUAAGGAAAAAAGUUCAUGGCAAACACGAAAAUGAGCCGCCUUCUUCUUCCAGCUCAGACUCAGAUUCAGAUUAUUCUUCCAAGGGAAAGGGCAGUAAAAAUGGAAAAGUGGAAAAUGAGUUUCAGAAGGCAGCAGGUGACAUUAAGGACGAACUUGAAAUUGCAUCCCUAGAAGUGGCCGACUUGAAGAAGAAAUUGACAUCGACUACAGAAGAAAAGGAAACUUUAUAUUUGGAAUACCAGACAGCGUUGAACAAAAUCCAAGAAGCAGAGAAGAUGAUCGGGGCUUUAAAGACUAAUUCUGAUACAUUGGAUAUUGAGAAAUCAAAGCUUUUGCUUGAGAUUAGGGACCUAAAUCAAAGAUUGGAGGGCGCUGAUAUAUUAGCAGCUGAACAGAAUCAGAAAAUGGAAGAGAUAAUAAGAGAAAGAACUGAUCUGAUGAUAGAGAAGGAGACAACAAUGAAUAGGAUUGAAGAGGGGGAGAAAAUUAUCGAAGAAUUGAAGGUCAUGACUAAUAUGUUGAAUAAUGAGAAAACAACACUGCGGCAGGAACUCGAAGAUGUUAAAGGAAUACUCUCCAAAACAAAGGAGCAACUUGAAUCUUCGAAACUGGAUGUCGCAAAUUUAAUCCAAGCACAGAAAGCUACUGAGCAACAGAAUGAGUCUCUAUCCUCGAAAAUUGUUGAGCUUUCAGAUGAGAUUACAAGGGCACAGGAAAAAAUAAAAGAACUUGUGGCUGAAUCCAGCCAGUUGAGAGAGGAAUUGGGUGAGAGAGAGAGGGAACUUGCAGGACACGGUGAGAUGCACGAGGCUUAUAAGACAGAAACGUCAACGCAAAUGAGAGGGUUGGAGCUCCAGUUGGGUUCUUUGCACACCCAGCACAGAGAAAUGGAAAAACAGAAAGAUGAUGAACUUUCAACCCUGGUAAAGAAACUUGAAGACAAGGAGAGAGAUUCAUUGUCUCAAAUAGAAGAUGUUAAAGGAAUACUCUCCACAACGAAGGAGCAACUGGAAUCUUCGAAACUGGACGUCACAAAUUUAAUCCAAGCACAGAAAGCUACUGAGGAACAGAAUGUGUCUCUAUCCUCGAAAAUUGUUGAGCUUUCAGACGAGAUUACAAGGGCACAGGAAAAAAUAAAAGAACUUGUGACUGAAUCCAGCCAGUUGAGAGAGGAAUUGGGUGAGAGAGAGAGGGAACUUGCAGGACACGGUGAGAUGCAUGAGACUUAUAAGACAGAAACGUCAACGCAAAUGAGGGGAUUGGAGCUUCAGUUGGAUUCUUUGCACACCCAACACAGAGUGAUGGAAAAACAGAAGGAUGAUGAACUUUCCACCCUGGUAAAGAAACUGGAAGACAAGGAGAGAGAUUCAUUGUCUCAAAUAGAGGAUAUGAAGACUCAGAUCAGCAAUCUGAAAUUGGAUGUGGAAUCCUUGCGGACUCAGAAAAGUGAAUUGGAACAGAAAAUGGCACACGAAAGUAAUGAAGCAUCAGCACAAGUAAAUGACUUAAUUGGCAAGGUCAACCAAAAGCAGGAGGAGCUAGAGUCGCUAACCGGACAGAAAACUGAUCUUGAAUCUACACUGGAGAAGAAAUCUCUAGAGAUGUCACAGUACCUUGUCCAGAUAGAAACUUUGCACACCCAACACAGAGAGAUGGAAAAACAGAAGGAUGAUGAACUUUCCACCCUGGUAAAGAAACUGGAAGACAAGGAGAGAGAUUCAUUGUCUCAAAUAGAGGAUAUGAAGACUCAGAUCAGCAAUCUGAAAUUGGAUGUGGAAUCCUUGCGGACUCAGAAAAGUGAAUUGGAACGGCAAAUGGCACACGAAAGUAAUGAAGCAUCAGCUCAAGUAAAUGACUUAAUUGGCAAGGUCAACCAAAAGCAGGAGGAGCUAGAGUCGCUAACCGGACAGAAAACUGAUCUUGAAUCUACACUGGAGAAGAAAUCUCAAGAGAUGUCGCUGUACCUUGUCCAGAUAGAAACUUUGAAAGGAGAGUUGGCAAACAAGAACUCGGAUGAACAUAAGAUGCUUGAGGAGAAGGAAGGUUUAAUCACACGGGUAAAGGACCUAGAACAAGAGUUGGAUUCCUUAGGAGUCCAGAAAAGCAAUUUGGAAGAGCAGCUAAGAGGUAAAAACCAUGAGGUUGAUCAGCUGUUAGCAGAAAAACAGAAGCUGGAAGAAAGAAUUUUUGGGUUGGAAACAACAUUAACUGGCCAGGGGAGCGAACUAGCUGCACUACUCGAAAAAUAUGACCUUGCAAAUACUGAAAUGUCUGAGAAAAUUGCAACUUUGACGGCACAGAUCAAUAAUACGCAAAUGGAGGUGGAUUCAUUGCAAUCUCAGAAAAUUAAAUUGGAGUCAGAGAAUGAGAUAAAGGGUCAGGAAAUGGCACAACACCUUACUCAGAUAGAGAAUCUGAAAGAGGAGUUAGCCAGCAAGACCAUGGACGAAAAGAAAAUGAUAGAAGAAAAAGAGAGGCUAAAAGUGCAGGUGAAUGAGCUUGAAGUGCAGGUGAACUCCCUAGUCGACCAGAAAGGCAAACUAGAAGAGCAGAUAGAAAAUAAAAACCAGGAAACUGAUAGUUUGAAAGGAGAAAAUGAGGGAUUGCAAGUCAGAAUUUCUGAGAUGGAGAGGGUAUUGAAAGAGAGCGGGGAUGAGUUGCUAACUCUCCGAAAGAAACUUGAGGAUAUACUGAAUGAAUCCUCUACUCAAAUUACGGCCUUAACAAUGCAGGUUAACAGUCUACAGCAGGAGUUGGAUUCCGUCCAGUCUGAGAAAGGACAAAUGCAGUUGCAGAUUGAGAGAGGUAUUCAAGAAUCUUCAGAAAACCUGACUCAAACAGAAAAUCAGAAGAUUGAGUUAGCACAAAAGGUUGCGGAUCUGCAAAGAAUGCUGAAAGAACAGGAGGAUGCUUUCAACAAAUUCAGCGAAGAGCACAAACAACUUGAAGCUUCAUUUCAAGAAUGCAGGGAAAACCUUGAAGCGGCUGAAAGGAAGAUUCAAGAUAUGACGGAAAAACUCCGGACUACUAUUGAAUCUGAAGAAAGUAAAGCUCUUGAACUGGAUGACACAAUUGAAGAUCUGAGAAGAGAGCUCGAAAUGAAAGCAGACGAAGUAAGCACGUUGAUGGAAAAUGUCCGGACAAUUGAAGUAAAGCACCGCCUGUCGUACCAAAAACUUCGGGUAACUGAGCAGCUACUGACCGAGAAGGAAGAGAGCCACAAGAGUAAAGAAGAUAAGUUACAGGAAGAACAAAGGUUGCUCGGACAAAGGAUCGCUAUUUUGUCUGAAGCAGUGGCAAUCUACAAGCGAGCUCAAGAGAAGGUCAUGACAGACAUCUCAGAGAAAGUCAAGAACACCAUGACAGGGAUUGAUGCUCUUACCCUCAAGUUUGAAGAAGACUACGGGCACUUUGAAUCCCGUGUUUAUGAAAUCAUGAACGACCUUCAGGCCACAAAGAGCUGGUUCAAGGGGGCAAAUGGCGAGAAAGAACAAUUGAAGCAGGAGGUCAGCAACCUGGUGGAGAGCCUGCAACACAAGAAAGAACGAGAAUCAGUCCUGACAGUGAAAGUAGAAGAGUUACAGGUAAAGCUGCAGAAAGCUGAAGAGGAAAAGCAUAAUUUAAUGAAAGCCGUAAGACAUCUUGAAGAGAAGAUGGCGGACUUGGAGAAGAGGAUGAACGAGAAGGACGCAGGCAUUUUGGGCAUCGGAGAGGAGAAGAGGGAGGCCAUCAGGCAGCUCUGUAUAUGGAUCGACUAUCACCGAAGCCGAUGCGACUAUCUCAAGGAAAUUCUCUCAAAGAUGUCUGGCAGAAGGCCAAUCGCAACAUGAACUCGGCCGUAAUUGAUUUUCUUUUCAUUAUGUCUCAUUCUGAAUUUUUUUUUUCUUUCUUCUUUUUUGGUUUGCUUGUGAGUAUUACAUUUGAUUGGUUUGUUUAUCCAAAAUAAGACAGAGAGUAGUCACUAUU